AUGGCCUUGCCGCCGCGGCCAGAUGGGCGCCUCCCGGAAGCCCCAGCGCCGCCGGUGGAUGGACUCACCGACGACCUCCUCGCGGCCAUCCUGAUCCGCCUCCCGACCCUCGCCGACUUCGGCCGCGCCGCCGCCGCCUGCCCCGCCUUCCGCCGCGUCAUCGCCGACCCCGCCUUCCUCCGCCGCGUGCGCGCCCUGCACCCGUCCCUCCUCCUCGGCUUCCUCACCUUCACGGGAGGGUUCCGCCCCGCCGAGCCGCCGUACGCCUCCGUCCCCGCCGCCCGCGCGGUCGCCCGCGCCGCCGACUUCAGCUACUCGUUCCUGCCCAGACCGAGCGGGUGGGUCGUCCGCAACGCCCGCGACGGACGCGUCCUUCUCGACUGGAACGACGGAGGGGACGGCAUCUUCACGAAGCUCGCCGUGUGCGAUCCCUUGUUCCGCCGCUACGUGGUGCUUCCCCCAAUUCCUGAGGACCUGGCCGCCGCCGUCCAGCAACCGCACCUUUUGGAUCUCGAGCGGAAGUUCCAGGUCUUCCUCGUGCCCUCCGACCAGGAGGCGGCGCAGACGUCAUUCAGGGUGCUUUGGAUGGCGCAGUGCCCGACUAAGCUGGUCUCAUUCAUCUUCUCAUCUGUCAGUGGGCAGUGGCAUGCUGUUGUAUCCCCCACUUGGAAGGAUCUCGACCCUGCCAAGUCCCGUGUUACCAUGACGCGCCGUCUCCUGUACUUCCGCAGCUAUGCUUACGGCUGUUUCUACUGGAUGAUGAUGUCCAUCACGCCCAAUUUUCUUGUGCUGGACAUGGCUAGGAUGGAGUUCUCGCUUCUUAAGUAUCCAUCCCACUUUAGUGGACAGGCUUCUACCAUUGUGGAGGCAGGAUAA